AUGGAGGCCUUAAGGGAUGCCGAUAUCAACAGGAUCGGGGUAUGGGGGAUGGGUGGUGUCGGGAAGUCCACGCUGGUGAAACGAGUGGCUGAAGAAGCCGAACAAGAGGAGUUAUUCCACAAGGUGGUCACGGCAUCUGUGUUCCAGACUCCAGACUACAAAGAAAUUCAACAACAAAUUGCAGAAAAACUAGGUAUGAAAUUUGAGGAAGUGAGUGAACAGGGACGAGCAGGUCGAUUACAUCAGAGGAUCAAGCAAGAGAAUACCAUCCUCAUCAUCUUGGAUGAUCUUUGGGCCGAACUUGAGUUGGAGAAAGUAGGAAUUCCUUCGCCAGAUGAUCACAAGGGAUGCAAAUUAGUGCUAACUUCUAGAAAUAAACAGGUCUUGUCGAAUGAGAUGAGUACUCAAAAAGAUUUUCGAGUUCAACAUUUGCAAGAAGAUGAAACAUGGAUUUUAUUUAAGAACACAGCUGGCGAUUCCAUUGAAAAUCCAGAGUUGCAACCAAUAGCUGUUGAUGUAGUAAAAGAAUGCGCGGGUUUGCCAAUUGCAAUAGUAACUGUGGCAAAGGCAUUGAAAAACAAGAAUGUGUCUAUUUGGAAGGAUGCCCUGCAACAACUGAAUUCGCAAACCUCGACAAACAUAACAGGAAUGGAGACAAAGAGUACUGCCAGAAAAAUUGCAUCCGAGCAACGUCAUGUAUUUACACACCAGAAGACUACUGUAAGAGUGGAAGAAAGGUCAAGGAUAGAUGAACUCCAGGUCACCUGGGUAAAACUGCAUGACUGUGAUAUUCAUGAACUUCCAGAAGGGCUGUUGCCCAGAGAAAUAGCACAGUUGACUCAUCUAAGGCUGUUAGAUUUGAGGAAUUCUUCCACGAUAAAAGUAAUUCCGUCAGAUGCCAAGUUGCUGCCAAAAGACAUAGUCUUUGAAAACUUGGUGAGAUAUAGAAUAUUUGUAGGUGAUGUCUGGAGCUGGGGAGGAAUUUUUGAAGCCAAUAAUACAUUAAAGCUCAAUAAGUUCGAUACAAGCCUUCAUUUGGUGGAUGGUAUCAGCAAGUUGUUGAAGAGAACUGAAGAUCUACACUUGCGUGAAUUGUGUGGUGGUACAAAUGUUCUUUCCAAAUUAGAUGGGGAGGGUUUUUUAAAAUUAAAGCAUCUCAAUGUCGAAAGCAGUCCAGAGAUUCAAUAUAUUGUGAACUCGAUGGAUCUGACUCCAUCACAUGGUGCCUUUCCUGUUAUGGAGACAUUGUCUCUCAAUCAGCUGAUUAACUUGCAAGAAGUUGCAUUCCCAAAUUUGGAGGAAUUAGAAUUGGGUCUCAACAGAGAUACAGAAAUAUGGCCAGAGCAAUUUCCAGUGGAUUCCUUUCCCAGACUAAGAGUACUGGAUGAAGAUGUAGUUCAGUCAACGAGGUAUUCCAACUUGAAGGACUUGACGAGGAAAAUCAAGCCAAGAGGCUUGGACGGUUAA